GCCUUCAGUGAUAGCGAAGCCUCUGUCGGCGCAGCACGUCCAUCCCCGUCGCUCGCACGCCUCACCUUACGGCAGGCGCAGUCGACAUGCAAGACAGCGACCAUUUCCUCAAAGCGGCCUUCCAGCUGGGCCCAUGGCGCGUGACUCGGCGCGUCCUGCUGUUCAUCACCGUCUUCUGCGCCGUCAUCAUGGUCUUCGGCGCAAUUGUCCUUAAAACACACAUGUUCGACGAGGACGAGAACUUCGACUGGGACGACGACGACGAUGACGAUGACGAGUGGGAGGGCCUGGACGAGCUGAGCGGAGGCGACGCGGUCAUGCUCGUCAUCAUCGGUCUCGCCGGCGUGACGGCGCUGGUCGCAUGCGGCGGCUGCUUCAUGGCAACCUCGAACUCGCCGCAGCAGCUGACCUCCGACUCGGGCUCCAUCUUCACCCUCAGCGGCGCGGUGCCUCCGCCCGCCCCUGCUGGCGCCACGCUGCCCCGAGCCGCCCCCCCGCCCUCGCGCCAUCCCCGCAGCGCCCGCAGGUCAACCCCCAGCGAGGGCAAGCUCGCGUCGGGCCACUCGCUCGGCCCCAGCUACCCGCAUAACCCCGAUUUUCCCCUGCGCGCUGCCCCGCCGCCGUCGCAGCAGAACCAGAGCUACCCACAGAACCCGAGCUUCCUGCCUCCGGGCUAUCCCCCCCACCCACCCCCCAGUUACUCUGCUCCGAGCUACCCUCCCGGUGGGCAGGUGCAUGGCGGGCCAGGUCAUGCCCCUGCGACUCUAGCCGACCUCCCGCCCCCCUACACCCCCGGGCACAUGGGCCAGCAGCGACGGUAGACUCCGCCGUCGAACGAUCGCGCGCCGGCUUCACUCACGCCCCGAGGUCGAGCAUGCGAGCGACAUAACACGCGGCGUCCACGGACACACCAGUAGUCCUGACACAGGAUUCUCGAGCAGACUGUGUACUUGGCCAAAUCGCGGGGCAGCUCGCAACGCCUUUGGACUCCCGCAGCAUCCCCACGUGCGUGAAGGUCUCCCAGGACGUUGCAUUUGCUCCUCGUCCGUUCGUCGUGUUACGGUGAAGGCGGGGCAGCGGCGCCCGUCGGAUCCCAGCGCGUCAAUCGGUGGUCAGAGGCGAGCCGCAGGUAAUUGUUCAAGUAAGAGCGACGAGGCACCACACACCUGCAGGUACUCCAGGAGUUUCGCUUUUACUUGACAGACAUUCCGCUGCCGGGCAACAGAAGAGGGAAUGAAGACAAACAAAGGGCCUGUCGCCUUAGUGGCGCGGGAGUCAUUGUUUCCUGUUGGGCAUGUGUGUGGGUUCAUUGCUGCUUCUGGUUGUAAGUGUGUGUGUGCGAAAUUUGAACAUAAGCAUACUUUUCUUUAAGGGUCAAUACUUACCGUGACAUUUACAUCUUUUAGGAUUUUCAUCAUAUGUAAUUAGGAUUGAUAUAUACAUACAUGUAUAUAUAUAUA